AUGUUGACCUUGCUCAACGCCAACAACGUUCUCAUCGAAAAUAUCAACAUGAACAAGAGUCCAUUUUGGCACAACCUGGUUGACGGCUGUACCAACGUCACUUACAGUCACGUCAACAUGAACUCCGUCCAGACCAACGGCAAGCAGGCGCAAAACACCGGCUCCCAUGGAAUCUCGGUUGGCUCACUGGGCCAGUAUGCAGGCCAAGUCGACAUUGUAAAGAACAUCCACGCUAAGAACAUCACAAUGGUCAACGCCUCCAACGGCGCCCGCAUCAAGGCGUGGGGCGGCAGCGCCUCUGCGACCUCCGCCAAGGGCGGCGGCACAGGCCUCGUGCAGAACGUCACCUUUGAGGACUUUACCAUGCAGAACGUUGACCUCCCCAUCGUCAUUGACCAGUGCUACCAGACUAGCGCCGCUACUUGCGCCCAGUACCCCUCGGGCGUCAGGAUCAGCGAUAUCCACUACAUCGACAUCACAGGUACUGGCGGGAAGGCAAGCGAGGUCGUCACCAUGGUCUGUAGUGAUAUCUGCGAUGACAUUACCGCCACUGGGACGAAGCUUGUUGGAACAAAGGGAAGCUCGGAGUACAUUUGUCAGAAUAUUGCGAGUGUUGAGAAGUUAGACUUUCCGUGCAGUGCUGUCGGGGUUACUGUCGGGGGACGACCAAAAGCACAAAGUCUGCCAAGGCUACGGCGACGAAAGUUUAAGAGACAGAAAUGCGGAGGCAUAAAAUUCACUGGCCGUGAGUAG